UCAACCCCGCCUCCUCUGAUUUUCACAGCAAAAGACAGGCUUUCCUCUCCUCUCCUCCAUCACCGCUCCUCUCCUCCUUCAUCCUGCUGAAAUAAAGGAUUCAGUAAUAAACCUGGACCCGUAUCUCGGGGGGAAAAUGGGAAAGAAGCGGGACAUCACGUACUCCAAGAGAACAAACAGCUCCGAACACUGGACCUCGCCGGACCCUGCGCGAAAGGCAAAGUAGGAAGACUAUCCUGCUACCUGCUAUCCAGACCUGUCUUCAUGUGUACGAUGAACAGCACUGCCUGGCCCUUGGACCUGGCAGACACCACACAGCGCCAGGCCUUUAACAACACCUCAGGGCAGGGUUCAGCCCCCAGCGGCUGGGAUUUGAUCCACACAGCCACACUGGCCUCCUGCUCUAUGCUCCUUAUCGUCAUCUUCUGCCUGGGCUCCUAUGGCAAUCUGGUGGUGUUCCUGUCAUUUUUCGACCCCGCCUUCCGCAAAUUCCGCACCAACUUUGAUUUCAUGAUUCUCAACUUGUCUUUCUGUGACCUGUUCAUCUGCUGUGUCACCGCACCCAUGUUCGCUCUUGUGCUCUUCCUGGACGCAGGGGACGAUGGUGGCAGCGUCUCUAAGGGCUUUUGCUUUGCCUUUCAUCUCACCAGCUCAGGUUUCAUCAUCAUGUCCCUAGAGACAGUGGCUGUGAUUGCCCUGCAUCGGCUGCGCAUGGUCCUGGGCCAGCAGCCAAACCACACUGCCUCCUUCCCUUGCACUCUGGCGCUUACCGCUCUGCUGUGGACCUCUAGUUUCACACUGGCAGUUUUGGUCACUUUGAGAGCCUACCCCAGGACCCCGGGUCCCUGCCUGCCCCAUUUUGGCCUCACAGGCAACCAGGCCAAGGUGGUAUUGUAUGUGUACCUUGCAGAUUUUGCCUUCUGUGUGGGUGUGGUGUCCAUCUCGUACUUGAUGAUUGCCCAAGCACUGCGCAAGAAUGCCCAGGUUCGUAAGUGCCCUAUCAUCACAGUAGAUGCCACACGUCCGCAGGGCCCUCCACCACCCUUCAUUGUUGCUGGAUUUGAGAGCAUGCAGUGUGCUGUCCAGGUCCCCUCGUUGUACCGCAACCAGACCUACAACAAGCUCCAGCAUGUACAGACACACCCAUUUGCAAAGAGGAACAGUGGCGCCUUGGUGCCAGGGGCUGCCGCUGGAGCUACCUGCUGCCAGAUAGUGUCCACAGUCAAUCUAGCCACAGCAAAGGAUUCUAAAGCUGUGGUAACUUGUGUGGUCAUAGUCAUCUCCGUCCUGUUUUGUUGCUUGCCCAUGGGUGUGUCUCUGGCACAGGAUGUCCUUUCUUCGCAGAGUGGCUUCGUCCACUAUCAGUUUGAGAUUUGUGGGUUUGCCCUUAUCUUCCUCAAAUCGGGCAUAAACCCAUUCGUUUACUCUCGGAACAGCGCAGGCCUGCGACGCAGGGUGCUCUGCUGUGUCCAGUGGCUGGCACUCGGAUUUCUCUGCUGCAAGCACAAGACCCGGCUCCACGCCAUGGGCAAGGGAAGCCUGGAGGUCAACCGCAAUAAGUCCUCGCAUCAUGAGACCAACUCUGCCUACGUGCUUUCGCCUAAGCCGCAGAGGAGACUGGUGGAUCAGGCCUGCGGGCCCAGUCACUCACGCAACAGCCUGCCUAGUCCGCAUGCCAUGACCGGACGCAAGCCCCGACCUCCAAGCACCUCAACGCCUAUCAACACUCGCAUAGAGCCCUAUUACAGUAUUUACAACAGCAGCCCCUCAGCUGGACCCAGCUCCCCCAGCAGCCUGCAACCGGUCAACUCUCAGACUACUGCCUUUGCCAAAAGCUACGUGGCCAUGCACUAUCACACCCACCAGGAGGCACUGCAAGACUUUGACAGCACCUCUGCCCAUCAAAUCCCCAUCCCCUCCGUGUAAGAGGCCUGGGCAUGAGACCACUAGAAUGUUGCAAAUGUGCUUGCUUACGAUUUGUAUAAGGGAGCAUUACAGUAUUUGCUUGUGGUUUACUAGUGAUGUUUUCAAAAGACUGUGCAUCAUAGCUUGUUAAAAAAAGCUAAAAGUGAAUCUUAAUUCAAACUACAAGUUAAUCAUUUCAGUCUCCCAAGUGUUAUUGAUGUUCCUUGACUGAUGGAUAUUCUAUUUUUACACGGACAUGGCAUUUUUCAUAACGUAUGGAAGUCUUUCGUCACUAAAGGAAAGUUUCAAUUUUUUUCUGAACAUUUUUCUCCAAGUUUACAACAGUGUAUAAAACUACGCUCUUUAAGAAGUGCCAUAUGGGGUUGUUUAAGGAAAAGCAGAGUAGAGUAGAACUUUUACUAGAACAUUUAUUUAUUUAAAAUUAAAAAAAAUAUAUGCUUGUGCAUAGCAAUUAGCUUGGAACGUUCUUUACAGAAGCAAAUGGCAGUCAUAUAUGGCAUUUUACAAUAAACCCGUUUUGGCAGCUUCAUUUUUAAGGGUGUAUGUUGGUGUCUUUACUACUUAUUCAAAGACUUAAAAACUUCCACAGGGCAUAGAACUGGUUCUGGGUUAAACAUAGAUCAUUAGUGAUGAUUUUAAGAUACACAACAGCAUUAUCGCAUUCUGUAAUAGCUUAUAGUCUUUCAGUAUUAUUGGAUAGAUAAUAGUGGCUAUACACGGAGAUGCUCAUGUGACAGCAUGUAACUAGUAUGUAGUAUCACGUCCCAUUACUUUUGUCAUGUCCCACGGAAGCUUUAGUAAAAUUUACACAGACAAUUCUAAUUCAAUUUAAAAUAUGUCCCAUCUAUCUGACACCCACUAUCAGGCCUCGUCAGACUCCCAUAAUUCAUGUGGCCUUACCAUGAGCAUGCGGGGCAGUGUUCAGCCUCACUCGCAAGAUAGCACCUCACAACCUAUACAGGUGUGGAUGUUACCAAGCCAUACACUGAAGUAACACUUAAAAUCCCUUCACAUACUGCUGUCUCAUGACUUUUGGCUUGUCAAUGUCUGUUGUAGAUGAGAGAUACGUGGAUAUUGGAUUACUGAUUAAGCCACUUUUAUAAGCAAUUCUGUGCCUUGUGGAAAUGUAUAAAAGGCAAUAAUUUAUAAGUUAUAAGCAUGAAAAUAUUAAAACACUGAAACUGGAGAAAAAUGUCAUUUCAAGAAACAUUGGACUUUUCCUUUAAGAAAAUGUGUUUGUGAAAGUGCUCCACAUUUUAUAUCCUAUUAAAUGUUUUGCAAGUGGA